AUGAUGAAGGAAGGGUUUCCUGGGGUUAAGGAAAUGCAGGCGCCGGGCUUGAAGCUUUUUAGGGAGGAGCAGGGGCAGGGGCAGGGGCAGGAGCAGGAGAGGCUGGCGCCAGGAUCGAUGCUCCCUGAGGAGGGGCCGGGGCAGGAACAGGAGGGGCUGGCGCCAGGGUCGAUGCUCCCGGAGGAGGGGCAGGGGCAGGGGCAGGAGGAGGAGGGGCUGGCGCCAGGAUCAAAGCUUUCUGAGGAGGGGCAGGGGCAGGGGCAGGAGCAGGAGGGGCUGGCGCCAGGAUCAAAGCUUUCUGAGGAGGGGCAAGAGGAGAAAAGGAUGGCGCCGCGGUCGAUGCAGGGACGGGAGAGGCUGGCGCCGGGGAAAGAGCUUCCUGAUGAGAGGCAAUGGAUGGAGAGGCAGGCGCCCGCGUCGAUGCUUUCUGGGGAGAGGCAGGAGGAGGCGCAAUUGUCGGUGCUUUCUGGGAGGUUGGCGCCGAAAUUGAUGCUCUCUGAGGAGCGGCGGGGGCAGGAGAGGCAGGCGCCGGUGUCGAUGUUCCCCGAGGAGAGGCUGCAGAAGCAGGCGCCGGGGCUAAUGCCCUCUGAGGAGGGGCAGGCGCAAGAGCAGGAGAGGCAGGCGCCGACGUCGGUGCUUUCUGGGGAGAGAGAGGAAGAGCAGGCGCCGGCAUCGAUGCUUUCUGAGAAGCUGGCGCCAGGGCUGAUGCUCUCUGAGGAGCGGCGGGGGCAGCAAAGGCAUGCGCCGGAGUCGAGGCUUCCCGAAGAGAGGCAGGGGAGGCGGGCGCAGAAGGGGCAGGUUCGGGGAUCGAUGCUCUCUGAGGAGCGGCGGGGGCAGGAGAGGCAGGCGUCGGUGUCGAGCCUUCCCGAGCAUAAGCAGAAGAGUCAGCAGACCUCUGAGAAGGAUAGGAGGAAGACGGAGAGGCGGGAGCGAAAGGAGUCGAAGAAGCGAGAACACAGAUCGAAGACGGUGACGCCGCCGCCGAAGAAGCAGCGAAACGCUCCGUCGGACACCGCAACCGGCGACGAAGUGGAAAUCGAACUGACGCGCAAUCAGAAGAAGGGAGUCUCGAGAUUGAUCGAGACUAUGUUCGGAUUCCUGGCGAAGGCGGAUCCGUCCCAGACGAAGAGGAGUUUGGUCCUGGAUAUUGCCAACUUCAAAUAUGCACUCGAUAGCGGUGUCGACUGGGCUGGGAAUAUCGGCUUUGUGAUGGAGGUCGUGAGAAGCUACGUCGCUUUCUUUGCUUACGCGGUCGAGCAUCUGGGGAACAUCCCGGAACGAGAUCAGAUCGAAGCCGCGAUGCAAAAGAACGAGAGGUUCGUCAAGGCACUGGUAGACAAUCUAAAGCAGACUGCAGAGAGGCUCUGA